AUGUCACUCAGAUUAUUAGCGAGAAGCCACCAACUUCUGCCCCGUCGCAACUGGUUCUUCCCCGUCAGGCAGUAUGCUAAAGAACCUCAAUACGAUGAAGCUGACCUAUUUGCAGAAAACAUAAACCAUGGGGCGUAUAAAGCCAAGAAAAGAUCGUCUCAAGACCAGUUCCAAUGGCCUGAAAAGUCAGCAGAACAGGUCUCGAAGGAAGCAGAACGGCAAUGGGAAAGAAUGGCUAAAUUGUCUGCUGUUGGGCAGGGGAUUCUUAUCAUCCUGGUAGUGGGUGGGUUAGGAUCCGCCUACUUGCGUUGGCCUGAAUUGAAAUCCUGGUGGUUGAUCAAGAUGAAUGGAGGUCGUGUAAACACAGUCCAAGAGCAAAAUGGACAGGACUCCUUGGAGAAACUGGCCAGGCAAAAGGCCAAGAAUCUUCUUAGGGAGAUCCCGCAGGUGCCCACCUUUCAACACGGAAUAGACUAUCCCGGUGUGUACAUAUGGGGGAAAUGUCAUUCUAAAGAUUCGUUGUUCCCCAUCAGAGUCCCCAACUUGGAUAACCGUAAAUUUAGAGACAUCCUACUGGCCCCCUCCGACGACUUCAACUGUAACUUUGCACUUGACGAAAAGGGCGAUUUGAUAUCAUGGGAUGACUUGGGCCAAACGAAGACGUUAUUGGCAGGUCAACAUCUGACUUCAAUGAAGUACUCAAGCGACUAUCUGUACGCACUAACUAGAAAAGGUGAAAUACUGGUCGUACCGAUAAGGACUCCAAAUCUGAUUGCAUCGAAGCUAUCGUCAAGAAGAUCAAAGCUGUUGCCAUGGAAAACCAAACAAAGAUAUGAUUGGAAAUUAGAGACAAAACAAGUAUUUGAUACUAAAAAGGGCGAAAAUCGCGUAGUACAGUUCGACACUGGUAGCCACCAUUUGGUAUUGCUAUCCAAUCUAGGUAAAGCCUAUUCGUGUGCUACUGGGAAUGACCAGAAACAGCCUCAAUUAUCAAGAGGUCAGUUUGGUAUACCAACUUUAUCUCAAUUUGAUGAGUUUCCGCCUAACAAUGAGCUGUUCGAAAUUGAAUUACUAAACAAAUACAAAAAUGAAGGAGAGAACACUAUUCAGAAAAGACAAAUCGAUAAGAUUGCGUGCGGGUCUUACCAUACGCUAGCAUUGGACCAUAAUGGGGAGCUUUACGCCUUUGGUUGGAAUCGGUUUGGGCAAUUAGCUUUGCCCAUCUCGUACAAUUUAGAAUAUGUUUCAUUCCCCAGAUCAGUCACACAUGCAUUCAAACCGCAUUUCCCCGGGUUAACAAACUGGAAAUGUGUGGACAUUCACUGUGAUGACGAAACCUCGUUUGUUAACAUUCGUAGGCCGGGUGUAAUUCCAGAUCAUUAUUAUUUCGCAUUUGGUAAUGGACUUUUCGGUGAAUUGGGUAACAACACUUUCAAGAACUCACAGUGUGAGCCAAUUAAAAUUAAAUUAAAUAACAAGAAAGUGAUCAAUUGGAGUUGCGGUUCACAUGCUGUCUUUGGUGAAACAGAUCAUGAACGUGAAGUGAUUGUUUGGGGUAAUAACGACCAUGGUCAAUUAGGUAUAGGAAAGAAAACCAUGAAAUGCGCCAAGCCAAUGAAUAUUCCAGACGUCUUGAAGCCCGGACAGGAUACCACAGACCUAAAGUCGAUAUACGACAGCAAAUUCCGCUUAACAAAUCAACAACGUAUUGUCACGAAUGGAGAUAAGAGUUGUAUAUAUUGGCGAGUUUGA